CGGGGACAUAAAACUACAGCGUCUGGCCUGAAGCGGUCGGUGCUGAGUUUUCUGCUGCAGGUCCGAGUCCUGCCGACGGAUUCUUCCAUCCAUCUUUUUUUUUCUUUUCAUUUCAGGAAGGGUGAAGGUCGAAUGGUUCGUUUUUUGUAACAGGGGGACAGACACACUGUGAAAGAAGCCACUGCACACUUCUUUCUCCAUCAAGGGCCGUGCAUGUCUAAUAUUUAGACAUGUUUGCGGAUUCACGGACUCUAUUGCUACUUGUAGCAACCCAAGUCUGUCUAUUAGCCGUUGUGAGAUGUCAAGAGGAGGACGACCGAACACCUGGAGCUAAGGGUCAGAAAGGCGAACCUGGAGACAUUACCGAUGUUGUAGGACCAAGAGGACCACCUGGACCAAUGGGCCCCCCAGGAGAGCAAGGACUCCGUGGACCACGAGGAGAGAAGGGAGAGAGGGGAACACCUGGACCCCGAGGCAGAGAUGGCGAACCUGGCACCCCCGGGAACCCCGGACCCCCUGGACCUCCAGGACCUAAUGGACCUCCUGGCCUCGGUGGAAACUUUGCUGCUCAGAUGGCCGGUGGUUUCGACGAGAAAGCUGGUGGCGGCGCGCAGAUGGGAGUGAUGCAAGGACCCAUGGGACCAAUGGGACCAAGAGGACCUCCCGGCCCUAACGGAGCACCUGGCCCACAAGGUUUCCAAGGCAACCCAGGAGAAGCUGGAGAGCCCGGUCAAGCUGGUCCUAUGGGUCCUCGUGGACCUCCAGGACCUUCUGGAAAGUCUGGAGAUGAUGGUGAAGCUGGCAAACCUGGAAAACCUGGUGACCGUGGACCUGCUGGACCUCAGGGAGCUCGUGGAUUCCCAGGAACCCCUGGUCUCCCUGGCAUCAAGGGGCACAGAGGUUAUCCAGGUCUGGAUGGAGCCAAGGGAGAGACUGGAUCCCUGGGUGCUAAGGGAGAGUCCGGUGCGCCCGGAGAGAAUGGAGCUCCUGGACCAAUGGGCCCUCGUGGUCUGCCGGGUGAGAGAGGACGUCCUGGACCCAGUGGAGUUGCUGGAGCUCGUGGAAAUGAUGGUUUGCCUGGUCCCGCUGGCCCUCCUGGACCUGUUGGGCCAUCUGGAGCUCCUGGAUUCCCUGGCUCUCCUGGUUCAAAGGGAGAAGCUGGACCAACCGGUGCCCGUGGACCUGAGGGUGCUCAGGGACCCCGCGGGGAGUCUGGAACCCCUGGAUCACCUGGACCAUCCGGUGCUUCCGGAAACCCUGGAACCGAUGGUAUUCCUGGCUCAAAAGGAUCAGCUGGUGCUCCUGGCAUUGCUGGUGCUCCUGGUUUCCCUGGACCCCGUGGACCUCCUGGGCCUCAGGGAGCAACCGGGCCUCUUGGGCCAAAGGGAACAUCUGGAGACCCAGGUAUUCCAGGAUUCAAAGGAGAAGCUGGACCCAAAGGAGAAAUUGGACCAGCAGGUCUUCAGGGACAACCUGGUCCACAAGGUGAAGAAGGCAAGAGAGGACCCAGGGGUGAGCCGGGUGCAGCUGGACCUCUCGGACCACCAGGAGAGAGAGGAGCCCCUGGUAACCGUGGUUUCCCCGGUCAAGAUGGUCUAGCUGGUCCUAAGGGGGCCCCCGGUGAGCGUGGCCCGGCUGGAGCCAGUGGUCCCAAAGGUGCCAAUGGAGAUCCCGGCCGUCCUGGAGAGCCUGGUCUGCCUGGUGCCAGAGGACUCACUGGACGUCCAGGUGAUGCCGGUCCCCAAGGAAAAGUUGGACCCUCUGGAGCUGCUGGUGAGGACGGUCGCCCCGGCCCACCUGGCCCUCAGGGAGCCCGUGGACAGCCCGGGGUCAUGGGAUUCCCCGGGCCCAAGGGUGCUACUGGCGAGCCUGGCAAAGCUGGCGAGAAAGGGUUGCUCGGAGCUCCUGGUCUGAGAGGUCUGGCUGGCAAAGAUGGAGAAACCGGUGCAGCUGGUCCCCCUGGCCCCGCCGGUCCUGCCGGUGAGAGAGGCGAGCAAGGACAGCCUGGACCGUCCGGAUUCCAGGGUCUACCUGGACCUCCUGGCCCCCCUGGUGAAGGAGGCAAGCCCGGUGAUCAGGGAGUACCUGGAGAGGGAGGAGCCGCUGGUGCCACCGGACCAAGAGGAGAGCGUGGUUUCCCUGGUGAAAGAGGAGCUGCAGGUCCACAAGGUCUGCAGGGAGCCAGAGGUUUACCUGGUACUCCUGGAACUGACGGACCCAAGGGAGCUAUCGGACCUGCUGGUGCCGGAGGAGCUCAGGGUCCGCCUGGUUUGCAGGGCAUGCCCGGAGAGAGAGGUGCGUCAGGUAUUCCAGGACCCAAAGGAGACCGGGGUGAUAUUGGAGAGAAAGGACCUGAGGGUGCUCCUGGCAAAGACGGUGGAAGAGGUCUCACUGGUCCCAUUGGUCCUCCUGGUCCUUCUGGUCCCAACGGUGAGAAGGGUGAAUCUGGUCCUGCUGGUCCUUCUGGUGCCCCUGGUACCCGCGGUGCUCCUGGUGACCGAGGUGAGACCGGACCUCCUGGACCGGCCGGUUUUGCUGGACCUCCUGGAGCUGAUGGUCAACCAGGAAUCAAGGGAGAGCAGGGAGAGUCUGGGCAGAAGGGAGACGCUGGUGCCCCAGGACCACAAGGACCAUCUGGUGCUCCUGGACCUGCUGGUCCCACAGGUGUUUCUGGACCUAAAGGAGCACGUGGUGCUCAGGGACCUCCCGGAGCCACUGGUUUCCCUGGAGCUGCUGGCAGAGUCGGACCCCCGGGUCCCAAUGGUAACCCUGGACCCGCCGGUCCUGCUGGCGCUCCAGGUAAAGACGGACCCAAGGGUGUGAGGGGAGACGGUGGACCCCCAGGACGACAGGGUGACGCUGGGCUGCGCGGUCCAGCUGGUGCACCUGGAGAGAAGGGAGAUGCUGGAGAGGACGGUCCACCUGGUCCCCUUGGUCCUUCUGGUCCACAAGGUUUGGCUGGUCAGCGUGGUAUUGUUGGGCUUCCUGGACAGCGUGGCGAGCGCGGUUUCGCUGGUCUUCCUGGACCAUCUGGAGAGCCUGGAAAGCAAGGAGCUGCUGGUGGCCCUGGAGACCGUGGACCACCUGGACCGGUUGGACCUCCUGGACUGACUGGACCUGCUGGAGAGCCAGGAAGAGAGGGCAAUCCUGGAUCUGAUGGACCUCCUGGAAGAGAUGGAUCUCCUGGAGUCAAGGGUGACCGCGGCAACACCGGCCCCGCCGGAGCUCCCGGUGCUCCGGGUGCUCCCGGUGCUCCUGGUCCUGUUGGGCCCACUGGCAAACAGGGAGACAGAGGUGAAGCCGGUGCCCAAGGACCUGCUGGAGCUCCUGGACCUGCUGGUGCUAGAGGAAUGCCUGGACCUCAAGGCCCCCGUGGAGACAAGGGUGAAGCUGGAGAGUCUGGUGAGAGAGGACAGAAGGGACACAGAGGCUUCACUGGUCUGCAGGGUCUUCCUGGACCCCCGGGUCAAGCUGGAGAUCAGGGAGCAACUGGACCUGCUGGACCUUCAGGACAAAGGGGACCACCCGGACCUGUUGGACCUGCUGGAAAAGAUGGCACUAACGGACUUCCUGGACCUAUUGGACCCCCUGGACCUCGUGGUCGCAGUGGAGAAACUGGACCCUCUGGUCCUCCUGGAAACCCCGGCCCCCCUGGACCUCCCGGACCCCCCGGCCCUGGCAUCGACAUGUCUGCGUUUGCCGGUCUCGGUCAGACGGAGAAGUCUGCCGACCCUCUCAGGUACAUGAGAGCCGACCAGGCCUCCGGAAACCUCCGCCAGCACGACGCCGAGGUGGACGCCACCCUCAAAUCCCUCAACAACCAGAUCGAGAACAUCCGCAGCCCGGAGGGAUCCAAGAAGAACCCGGCCCGCACCUGCCGAGACCUGAAGCUGUGCCACCCUGACUGGAAGAGCGGCGAGUACUGGAUCGAUCCCAAUCAGGGCUGCACUGUGGAUGCGAUCAAAGUCUACUGUAACAUGGAGACAGGAGAGUCCUGCGUGAACGCCAAACCUUCCAGCAUCCCACGCAAGAACUGGUGGUCCAGCAAGAGCAAGGACCGCAAGCACGUCUGGUUCGGCGAGACCAUGAACGGAGGAUUCCACUUCAGCUACGGCGACGACCUGCUGGCCCCCAACACCGCCGCCAUCCAGAUGACCUUCCUGAGGCUGCUGUCCACCGAGGCGUCGCAGAACCUCACCUACCACUGUAAGAACAGCGUGGCCUACAUGGACGCCAGCACAGGGAACCUGAAGAAGGCCCUGCUGCUGCAGGGAUCCAACGACGUGGAGAUCAGAGCCGAGGGCAACAGCCGCUUCACGUACAGCGUGAUGGAGGACAGAUGCACGAAACACACAGGUCAGUGGGGCAAGACAGUGAUCGAGUACAGGUCACAGAAGACCUCUCGUCUGCCCAUCGUGGACAUCGCUCCCAUGGAUAUCGGCGGAGCAGACCAGGAGUUCGGAGUCGACGUCGGUCCAGUGUGCUUCUUGUAGAGAAGGGAUUUAAAGAAAGACCAGAGAAUCUUUUUCAAAAUCAUUUAAAAAAAAGAGGAGCCCACAAGAGAGAAAAAAAACAAGACACUUUUUUUCCAAACUGGACUAUUUUUAAAAAAAUAAAAAGUGCUUUUCCAAAUUGAACUCUGUAGGAUAACUGCACUGAAUGGCAUUGUCAUCUGUCAUCUGUGAUUCAUCCCGCUUCCCCUCUUUCAUCUCACCCCCCACCCCACCCUCCCAUGGACCCAUCCAUCCUCCUCAUUUCGGGUGAAACCUCCCACGUUGAAAAGGAAGUGGAAACACAGCAGGGAAAAGAGACAGAGAGAGAGAGAGAAUGUUAUUUAUUUAUUGUCUAGGUUUCGGGUGCCAGGCGUGGUAGGACUGACUUUGUUGCUGACCAAUAAAGAGCCCACUCACACAUCUAUUUUUUUAAACUUCUUUUCCCCUGCUUUGGACCCCCGUCACUCCCUGAGCAUCCUUCCAGCUAAACCAAAAACGAUCCAGCUUUGUAGAGUGUGUAUCGACUUGUGUAUUUUGAAUAAACUUCAUGGUGCUAUAGUAACAAGCAGAUACUUGUACGUAGUGAGAUCUGUUAGAUGUUUAACUCUCGGAGUUCACCAGCCUCUAUUGAUCCUCAAGAAUGAUUCAAUUUGGAACCAAUAGUUCUUCACCCCUUAAAACUACCUCAAAAGACGACGACACGGCCCGGUGUUUCUCCACCCGACGUUCGAUUCGAAGCCAAUAUCAAAAACCACCAACCAGUUUUGAAAGCCCAGUCUUUGCAGCCCACUUUUGCUGUGACCCCUGGCCCCGCCACCCCCCUCCCAAACCCCGCCCUUCUUCCUCCCGUCUCCUCACACAGCACCUGCCCUCUGCGCUGGUGCAAAUCCCCUGCUCCCAGCCCAGAAGGUUGAAUUGUGUGAGGCUGUGUAUAUUUUUUAUUAUUAAUAAUAGUAUUAUUAUUGAUAAUAAUAGCAUUAUUAUAUUAAUAUUAUGAUCAUGACUUGUUUUUGUUACGUUUUAAUUAAUGUAAAUUGGAAAUAAAAGACA